AUGGUUUUAAUAAAAUCUUCAACUUUUAUUUUUGCUCUCAUUUGCACGUUUGUUUCUCGUGUGAAAUCAUAUACUUUAGCAAUGGAUUGUGGAAAUUAAUAAAUUUUAGCAAGCUUUCAUUUCUAACCAUAUACUAGAUAAUACACUUGUGUGGCAAAUUUUAUGAAUAUUGCUUAAGGAGAUGUUUUACCAGAUGUUUCUACUCCAGAUUGCUACUAGUAUUUUACAAAAUAGACUACAGGGAUGUUUAAAUCAACUUGGCAAUAUCUUACUGGACCUAAUUGCCAUUCAGGAACUACAUUAACAUUUUUUUAUAAUUAAACUACUGCAGGCUAUACUAACUUGUACAUAUAAAAGAUUUAUAUAUGGUUAACUAUAUAUUUAUUUGAUUAAUCUAGUACUAUUAUUUAAUAAAAUACUAUAACUAUAAACGGAAAUUAAACAGAAGAUACUAUAUAAUUUGAUACAGGUAAAAGUCUUAACGAUCUGAGAGCAAUAUAUACAAAAACUAUUUAUGACAUAAAAUCAAAGUAAUUAAAUCUUUAGUUUAAAAUAUACGAUAAAAACUAAGCCAUUUAUCCUUUUGGAUUUGCAGGAUCUAAUGUUUUACUCUAAUUUUGUCCUCUUUAUUGUCUCCAAUGUGACGAUAAUAGUUGUCUGGUUUGCUCAGAUGGUUACAUAUUAAAUGCAAGUAAUACAUGUGUUAGAUGCACUCCUUCAUGCUAAACUUGUGAUUAAUCUGGCUGUUUAACUUGCUAAUAGCCUUCAUACUAUAUUUCAGUUCUUGCGAACAACUUAUGCGUUUCUGAUUGUGAUACAAGUUUAGGCUUGUAUAUAGAAACCUCACCUACAACUAAUUCUAAAUAUUGCAAAAAAUGUAAUGCGUUAUGCUAGAGCUGUACUGACUCUACACUUAACUGUGUUUGUAAACUCUAUAGUUCUCAGGAUUAAUGUGUUAAUACAUGUUAAGCAUCAGAAGUGUAAUUACCUAAUAACUCUGGACAGUCAAAAUGUUACCCAUGUGAUUCAUCAUGCUCAACAUGUAAUGGAACAGACAAGACACAAUGUACUGCUUGCAAUACAAACUAUUUAAAAUAAAUAUCAACUUCUUUAUGUGUUAAAUAAUGCGAUCCAAGCGAAUAUCCUGAUUAUAAUUUAAAUUAAUGCUUACCUUGCGAUAAAACGUGCUUAACCUGCAAUGGGCCUUCAAAUAAGCAAUGCUUAAAAUGUAAAGAUAGCAGCUUUUUCUUCAAUGGAGCAUGUGUUUAGAUUUGUCCGAAUGGAUAUUAAAAGAAUUUUUCUUCUUUAAAUUGUGAUCUAUGUACUGAUUACUAAAAUCCUAGCUGCUAUUCCUGCGACAAUUCCUGCUUUGAAUGUACUCCUUCUUUAGCUACUUCAAAUUAAUGUACAAGUUGCUAUAGUCAAACUAGAAAGUUUGAUUCUAAUUUAUGUAAAUGCUUGAAUCAAAAAGAUCAAAGAAAUAUAUUUUAUCACUGUAGCUACUAAGAUAUAGCUGUCCUGGAUAUGUUUCUUAGUGGGAAUAUUCCUUAGCUAAUUAUUGACUUUGGGUCUCCAAUAAAGAGCUUAGGUACUAAUAUUAGCUCUCCUCAAGAUUUAUGCAAGUAUGUUUUUGAUUAAAAUACUAUGAAAAAAAUUGGGAACAAUUCUAGCUGUUCUCUUCAGGGAAACCAAAUUUAAGUUGAUUUAGAUUAAUCAUCAACAAUUAUGGAGAAUGAUCAAAUUAAUUUUUAAUAGGGUACAUUAUAAUUUACUGAUUAUAAUAUGCCAAUUACAUAGUUCUUCAGAAAUAAAGUUAAAUAAUAUCCUUAUGGAAAACCUUAAGUCUUGUUUUUCUAUGACUCAACAUAAAAUACUUGUAAUCCUUUCAAUAUCACCUUGAAUAAAAUUGUGAGUGAUGCUGGAAGAGGGCUUUUAAAUUUUAGUUGGAGCUUAGUAGAAGUAACAGGUAAUUUAAACAGUAGCUAACUUUAAGCAAUCAACUAAGCUAUAUUACAAAAUAACUAACUUAAUAAUACUUCUUUGGUAUUAAGUCCAGGAAUAUUUCCUUCAAAUCAAAAUAUAACAAUAAAAUUCAGUUAUACAUUAAAGGUUAAUUAUACAAGCUCUCAAGUAAUUUAAAUCUUCUAUAAGAAAGAAAAAAUAAUUAGAAUAAGCUAUUUAUAGUCAAUUUACCCUCCAAUAUAUAGGUAUAUGGCUUUAAGCUUCUAUUUUUCAUUUGUUACAGAAAUCUGUGAUUAAGGAUAAGUUUUUUAAUUUUAUGAUCCUGUAGAUUUGUAAAUUACUUCUUCUGAUCUUACAUCGAUAUAAUAAAGUAUUUAGAACUAUAGUCAAUCAACAUUUGACUUAAACAUCUCUCCUUACUCUUUACCCUCUAAUUAGACUUUUAAUUUUAUGUUUUAACUAAGCUUAACAUCAGAUAACAGUAUAAAAACAAUAUAAAAUGUAUCGGUUGAUAUUUUGAUCACCAAAUUAUUUGUAAUGCUUUAAGGUGGAAGUGAUUAAAUUGCUAGCUAUUAAAGACCUUUUAAUUUAAACUCAACAUCAAGAGAUUAUGAAGUCUAAAGUCCAACAGCAGAUUAAUCUAUCACUUUUAAUUGGAUUUGCUAAAGUCUCGGAAGCUCUGAUUAAAAUUGCUAUGAUUAUAACAAAUAAAAAAUAAUCCUUUAAUAAGGCUAGAGUAGUAUUAGUAUUCCAGCCAGUACAUUUCCUCCAUACACAGUUGUCUAACUCUCUGUUUAAGUUUCAAAAGACACCAGAAAAUCUAGCGAUAUUGCAUUUUGCUAUUUUUCAGAGCUAGAUUUACCACCUUUGCUAGUGUUAACUCCAAUUUAAUAGACAGAUCAAAAAUUUAAUCUGAAUGAAGAUCUAGAAUUCUCACUUAUAUACAGUUCUUAAGUUUCUUCUGAUAUUUUAUCUUAUGCAGGAGCUCUCUUAUAUAAAAAUAAUGUUGUUGGAGCUAUCAAAUUUGAUUACUACAAAGUCAGAUUUAGAAUAUGGAAUUAUUUUAAGUAAAUUGACCCUACAUAAAGUACUAUUUAGGUACGUUUUUCAGUUUACAAUCCAUCAUAUGUCAUGCCUAGUGUUUCAACUAUAACAAUUUAAAUAAAUAUUCCUCCUUAAAAUUGCAUUUUAAAAGUAAAUCCUUAACAAGGUAUAGCUCUUGAAACUAAUUUUUCCAUUGAAUUUUCGAAUUGUUCAGAUGAAGAUACUCCAUUAAAAUACUAGUUCUUUUAUUAUAACACUAUUGAUGAUUUAAACUCAGAAAUUGAUUAGCCUUGGAAUAUAGUUAGAAGAUAAUUGAAUGACUAAAGCAUGAGUAAUAUUCUUUAAACAAUUUUACCAUAAGGUAAUUUAAUCAUAAUGAGCUAAGUAAUUGAUUCUAGACUUGGUGUUACUAAUAGCACUUUGUCUAUUUAAGUUUAUUCAUAGAAUUUAACAGAUUCUAAUUAUUAUUAAAUGGCAAAUAAACUUAUAUAACAAAACUAAAAUAGCUAAACAAGCAAUCAAAUAGCUAAUUUAUGUAUCAUUGGUGAAGAUGUCAGUAAAAAUAGUUAAUACGAUAACUCCCAAAUAAUUAGCAAUUUAAAAACAAAUUUAGUUGCAAAUUUAUAAUAAUAAUCUCAAACCUUACCAUAAUCUUCUCUUAUAUCUACGUAUUCAAAUAAAGUAAUUGCAUAAUUAUAACAAUCAAUCAUUACUUAAUCUGACUAGUAAAAAAAUUCUAUUUACAAUCAAGUUUAGUCUAUAAUUAGCAAUACAUAAAACAAUAAUGUAAACCAAUUCUAGAAGAACAACGAUUUACAAAUAUAGAAUUUAGUCGAUUCGUUUAAAAUUUUGAAUUCAACAGUAACUUAAAAUACAAAUAAUUAAUAGAGUGAUUUCACGCAAUAUAAUAAUUUGACUAAUUAAAUAGGAAGUAUUCUAUCAAAUAGUAUCCUCCCAAACCAGGGAGAGCUUAUUUUGUAAGGAAAUUUAUCUACUCUUUUAUCAGAUUAAAUUACUCAAAAAAACCUAAAACAAUAUGCUCUUCCAUUCGAUAGUGAUAAUUAAUUAGCACCAAGCUCAGCAAACACCUUCGUGAUUACAAGAAAUACAUAUUAAGAAAAUAUUUAUUAAAAUACUUCUAGUUUUUAGGCUUAUGUUUAAAAAUUAAAUAACUUAAGUUCUAAUUUUAACUACUCAAAUAAUUAAGUUAUUACAACAUCUAUAAAUAGUACUCAAACCAAAAAUCCUAUUACCAACUCUACUAUAAUGUACUAAUUUAAUAACGCCAAAGCAAGCAGUAAAUACAAUAUGACAUGUUUACAGUCAGCAGAUUAAAUUUGGACAAAAUAAAAUUGUAGUAUAUUAAAAUAAAAUAGUAAUAAUUAUGCCUGCUUUUGCUAAAAAUAAGCACCGACAACUGUAAUUGAGGAUUUAGAUGAUUUAUUUGUAAAAAAUAAAAAUCUAUAAACAGUUUUUAGUGAUUAAGGCAUUAAAAAUUUGGAAAACUUUUCACAAUUUUAUUUAUAUAUAUCAUUUUGGAUGCUAUCUAUUUUCACCAUCAAUUAGAUUGUAUUGUUUUUUGUUGGAAGAUACUUAGAUUAGAAGACUAUUACUAGAAUAAAUAACAAAAAUAACGAAGAAGAGCAAAAAAGUUUGGUAGAUAAAUAUCAAUAGUAAAUUAAAAAUUUAGAGUAAAAAAUAAGGGGUGAGUAAAGCAAAGACUGCGAAAGCGAAAACAAAAGUAUUUAAUCUACAUAAAAAGUAUUUAUUAACCAAAAAUCGAAUUCUGGAUAAAAUUAAAUUCUAACAUCACCAUUUUAAGCUCCUACUAACCCUCUAAUUUAAGUUAGCAAUAAUUAAGAAGAUGAUUUCAACAUAGAAAGAACUCUCUAUAAAAUUAGAAGAAUGUUAAGAAUAAAAAACCUAACAAGAAACUGCUUGUCAAAUCAAUGA